CAACUGUCAGUCAAGUAAGAAGAGGGAGUUACAAAAUUUGUCAAAAUGGUUAUAUCACUGAAAAAAGUUUUGAUUAGUGAUGAAAUCGAUGAAAAAUGUGUGAACAUUUUGAAAAAGAAGGGAGUUGAAGUGGUGAAAAAUACCAAAUUGUCAAAAGAAGAGCUGAUAGCUGAAAUUCCAAAAUAUGAUGGUUUAAUAGUUCGUUCAGCAACAAAAGUGACAGCAGACGUCAUCUCAGCAGCAAGUAAUCUGAAGAUUAUCGGUCGUGCUGGAACUGGGGUUGAUAAUAUUGACUGUAAUGCUGCCACACAAAGAGGGAUUAUUGUUAUGAAUACUCCAGGUGGAAAUACCUUGAGUGCAGCAGAACACACCUGUGCCUUGAUUGUCACCAUGUCUAGAGAAAUUCCUAAUGCUGCCCAAUCUAUGAAAGAAGGCAAGUGGGACAGAAAGAAGUAUAUGGGAAAUGAAUUGAAUGGAAAAACCCUCGCCAUCAUUGGACUCGGAAGAAUUGGAAAGGAAGUGGCCUUAAGGAUGCAGUCUUUUGGAAUGACGACCAUUGGAUUUGACCCGAUAAUUGGUGGAGAUGUCAGUUCAGAAUUUGAUGUGGAGUGGAUGAAACUAGAAGAGUUAUGGCCCUUGGCAGACUAUAUAACUGUCCAUACUCCUUUGAUCCCUCAAACCAAAAAUUUGAUAAAUGAUGAAGUAUUCAGUAAAUGUAAGAAAGGUGUUAAAGUGAUUAACUGUGCUAGAGGUGGUAUAAUAGAUGAAGAAGGCUUAUUCCGAAAUUUAGAGACUGGUCAGUGUGGAGGAGCUGGGUUAGAUGUUUUUGUCCAGGAACCACCUACAGACUUUAAACUUAUCAAACAUCCUAAAGUCAUAGCAACACCACAUCUUGGUGCUAGUACCUAUGAAGCUCAGAGUCGAGUUGCAGUGGAAAUAGCAGAACAGUUUCUUGAUCUCUCUGAAGGUCUCAAAUUAUUUGGUGCAAUAAAUGCUCCAGCCUUAGCAAAUGCUUUAAGUCCAGAAACUCAGCCAUGGGUGCAACUAGCUGCAAGUCUGGGGUGCUUGUCACAGGCUAUUUCAACUGGAUCAUCACCCAAACAGAUCACUCUGACUGCCAGUGGUGCAAGCUUACAAUCUGGUGGAUCAUACCUUCCUGCUGCUUUUCUGUCUGGGUUUCUUCAGACUUCUGGUGCUGGUGAUAGCAAAGUGAACUUCAAUCUGAUCAAUUCUCCAGUAGUAGCUAAAGAAAGGGGGAUUCAAGUGAAUUUUAAAACUGAGAAGUCAGAUGAAGAAUUAGUAAAGGUGUCACUGGAAAGUGACGGACAAUCGCUGGUGUUAAGUGGGACAGUGUCUGGGACCAGUCCAGUACUUGUCCAGAUACAGAACUCUUGUUUCUCUCUACCCCCAGCUCUACAAGGUCCAAUCUUACUCUACAGUGCUGACAAUAAUACUCAAGUUCUUCCCAAACUUACAGGGGAACUUCUUAAAGCUGGAGCACAGAUUUCAAGUUUUGCUUCCUCAACACCAAACGGUCUGACAUGGGGCUUGGUGAAUCUAGCAUUACCUAUAAAUAGCCAACUAGAGGGUGUUAAAUCUGAUUUAAAAUCUUUAGUUCAACUUACUAUUUAAGGUUCCAUCCAUUUCGAAUUAUCUCCCUUCACUUACCCUAAAAGGGUAACAAAAAUUCACUUAAAGAUGGCUUUCCAUAUUUUUUAGUGUCAAAUUAUGCAAACUAUUUGAUUAAUUGGUGUUUCUGGUGAAUUAUCAUGUAUUCUUAAUCAUAUCAUUAUGUUCUUAUUGCAUAUAAUUAAGAGUUUUAACCAAUCUUAAAUGUCCAUGUAUGUACAGUCUGGAUAAACAAAAAAAGACGUUUUGACCUUUCUUGAUCGGUCAGUCAUUGGAAUUCUGUUAGUAAUUCUCUUCUAAUUUAGCCAAUUAUGAAUUAAUUAUGGACAUGUAAAACAAACUGGUAUUUUUCCAAGUCAUUAUUAGAACACCUCUACUUUCUAUUCAUAUAAGUAUUAGCAUUUUCAUAAAUGAAAAUAAGGGAACCCAUCUUUAAGUUAACACAUACUUAGUAAUGUAUAUUUAUUAGUUCAAUUUGCCAAUUCGGAUUCUAUUCCCCACUUAGCUUAAAAAGCUUGUUUUUUUUUCAUAUUUAGAUUUUUAAAAUACUCCGCAUUCUACAUGUUUUAAUUCUGAGAAAAUGCUCAAUUUAUUGAAUUUUUAUCCAUGACUGUAAUUUUUCUGCAUUUAAUUGUGUAUGUAAAUAAUGAUUAUUGUGCAUUUAUUUUAGAGAAGGGUUAUUUUUAUAACCCCACAUGGAAAUUUGGACGUAUAUUGCGGUCGCCCCUGUCUGUCGGACCGUCAACAUUUGUUGUGAACACAAUAGAGACUUCAGUUUUCAACUGAUUUUAAUGAAACAUGGUGUGAUCAUAUAUAUUGAGGCGAUAAUUUGAUCUAUUUGGGUUAUUGAUAUUGAUUUUUAAAAAUUUGGUGGAAUUUCUCAGCAUAAAUAACUGGUAGUAAAUAUAUAUAUCAUUAAAUUCAAACUAGUAAAAUUUCUUUAAUAAGAGAAAAUUCAUACUUUAGUCACUAAAUACUGUUUUAUCAUUUCUGACAGCUGUCAGUGGGCGUAUGUUACCUUGCCUGGCAAGCUAUCUUUUCAUAUAUUGUUGAAAUAUGGAGAAUUUUGUGUUUGAUUUUUGUUUUAAAAACUACUAAUAGUAUCAUGAUAUGAAAGUGUAAUAUUUCAAAAUCACAACAAGAAAAUCGACCUAUAUCAACAUUUAUUUUCCUAAAAACAACGCACAGGCACACAACCGAGGAUCACCCUCUUGAAUUCAACUCAAGGUGAUGUCUGGUGUUUCUAUAAAUAGACAUCAGAAGAACAGUGGACAGAGGAAGCGAUCGUUAACUUGUCAUCUACCAACCAACCAACAGUGGACCACUCUCUGGAAUAUAGUCCAGAGUUUAGAGUUACGAAGAUCCUUCGUCUACAAUUGAAUAACAAAAUAUCCAAAGAAACGGCCCUUUUUAGGGCCAUCCCCAUUAUAGACCUUACCAAAGUUUCACUGAAGUGGUUUCAGUCACAAGUCUUCGGAGUUGUUUUCCAACAGUGGUCCAGUAAUCAGUAUUCUCUACAAAAAAAUAAAUUAAAUUGUCUUUGAAAGUU